CACUUCGAGUGACUUUCAGUGUUCGAAGUGCGCCACUGAAAAAACCAGCAGAAUUCAGUGCACUGAAAGUACCCGGAUGGUGCACUGCAAACGGGCAAAAAAUGUAGUGUAAAACGAUGGACACUACUCGCCCUAAACGGCCGCCAUCUUGGCGACGUAGCGGAAGAGGAGGAGCCCAUUCGCCAGCUUUUCAUUUUAUUUCUAAAACAAUGGCGGACGAGAUGGCUACGGUAGCACAAGCGGUAGACCACGGAGGCUCCUGCCGCGAUUGUGGAGGUAUCGCAGUUUCCACAUGGGGUGGAGAAAGGGGUAAACAAGGGACACAAAGAGGGCAAGAAGUGCAUUCAUUUGGUAAGUUUAAGUUUCGCGCUUAUCGCAAGCAGAUUUGCGUACGUCACUCCCGGCAAGUGGUUAACGUAAAAGUGUUCCAUUUGAGACAGCACUUAUCAGCGACGCAGUGCACUGCAAUACAGUGCACUGUAUUGCAGUGUACUUCGUAAAGUGUGCGGUAUGGUGUCAUCUGUGAACGGAGAGCAUGCGAGCUCCGACGCCGCUCACAAACAGAGGCUGACGGCCGACCCGACCCCUCCACCAACAGAGGCGCGCGCGACGGCCCGGCACAGAAAGCAGACCGUUUCCAAAUUGAGCGACUCCGGUUUCGAGGAAGACCUGCGAUCGUCCCCGAUUUGCUCCCCGGUUCGGGCGGACGUGUCCCCGCUGCACUCGGCGGACCCUCCCGCGGGACAGCUGUCCAACUGGUACCUCCAGUACGGCGACGUGGGUUUCCAGAUCCAGAGGGACAACGAGGCGCAGUUUCAUUCUGGCAAAAGCUUGGCACGCCAGCCACAACUGACAGCGGAGGCCCGCUGUAAGCUCGUCAGCUGGCUCGUCCCCGUCCAUAAACACUUCCGUCUGUCCUUCGAGUGCUGCUGCCUGGCGGUGAACAUCGUGGACAGGUUCAUGGCGUCCACGCCGGUGGCCGCGGACUGCUUCCAGCUGCUGGGCGUCACUGCGCUCCUCCUGGCGAGCAAGCAGGUGGAGGUGGGCUCGCCGCGCAUCGGCCACCUCCUCGCGCUGUGCUGCGACCUGGAGUGUCUCGUCCUCCGCCGCCUGAACUUCCGGCUCGCCGCGCCCACGCUGGCCUUCUUCCUGGACUACUACGCCAACUAUCCGGACGCAGCGGGACCCGGGCGGCGCGGCAACCUCGCGCGCAACGUGUGCGAGUUGAGUCUGGCGGACUACGCGCCCGCUGCGCGCUGAGGAUAGCCGGCGAGUUGCUGGAGGAGCAGCGCGCGCGGCCAUCCAAGUGUAACAUAGUCAAUCUGGUCUGCAUUAAAUCCAGCUAAAAUGGAAUUUACGCCACUUGCUGUGGUUAAGGUGCACUUGCAAUUUAUUAUAAGACGCAAGGGAUUGUGGGGGAUCCCCAGAAUGACUCGGGAUUCCUCAUGAGGUAACGUCUGUCUGAUCGGGUCUGUGGGCUAUAUCGGGGUAAUAGAUGGGAAGAGUGAAUUAAAAGUGAGCUGGCUUUAUUUGUUUGUUUAGUAAUUGUCUUAGAUUGUAUUAGUCAUGUUUUCAUUAGGUUAUGAAUUAGUUUUAUGUGCUUCGUCGCCAGUCAUGUUAAUAGUAGAUAACCUAGCUAACACGAACGUGGCUCCGUCUUUAGAACGGAGCACGCGCCGUUGCCCACCGACGCUGACAACGUCCUCUGUUCCUUUGUAUGAAUGCAGGUAUGUUACAGUGUGUUGUUAAUGAGUGAGUUGUUAUUAUUACUCUUAUUUAAUUGUUAUAAAUGUGAAUAAUUAAUUAGUUAAGAAAGACAGUGUAAAUCCACGAUACGAUCACUUUGUUUUGUUCACUGUUUUGUAUAUUAUGUGACUGUAUUUAAAUGAUAACGAGACUGACUCGGGAUUCCUCAUGAGAACGGAGCACGCGCCGUUGCCCACCGACACUGACAACGUCCUCUGUUCCUUUGUAUGAAUGCAGAGAAUAAACAGUUGCUACCAGCCUG